AACUUAUGAGCACAAAAUCAAAAAAGUAAUUUUCCCUUAAAAACCUCUAAAGAAAUAGAAGUAUGCUUUCAAAUUCUUAUCUUGGAGCCCCCUCUGGGCUGCAGAAGCUCCUGUGCAUGAAUGAAGCCUUGAGUGCUAAGGUGUUGGAGCAAGUGAGCAGUAGUCAGGAGCUGUUGACCAUGAAUGAUUUUGAGCACCAAUCCAGUGAGUACCAGUUGACGAAGUGUCUCCAGGAGAGGAUUGCAGACCUAGAAUCCUGGCGAUGGGUCCUCCAAGACCUGUCAGACCGUCUUGAGGAGUUAAUGCAAUCGUUACAAUACGAGCAGAAGGCGUUACGUGUAGUAGUGGAUCGUGUUAAGGAUGAGAUUAGCAGGCAUUCUGAGGAGGGGAGUCGACCGGGAGCGUUGUCGCCGCAAAGCGAUCCCGUGGAAGAUGCUAUCAAUAUGGAGUACAAAUUUUUUCAAGAACAAAAGGGGAAAUUUGAGAAGAUGAUAAAAGAGCUUGAGGAGCAGAUUCCUCGGAUCGAGAAAGUAAAGAAGAGAAUAGACGUUGCUGCCUCGAACAAAGAAGAGGCGAUUCAAGUUGAACAGAAGCUGCCUGAGAUUGAUAUUUCAUCUCGAACACCGUCAAGAAUAAAAAAGAAAAGUUUAUCGCCUUUAACAAGAUGGGAAAGACAAUGCUAUGCACUGAAGAGUAAGGGAUUAUGUGCCCUCAGUCACGCGAUGAGUAUACGACAACAGGUUCGAGGUUGCAGACAUCUACUAUCGGUCACUGCACAGUCCUAUGCAGCCCGAGUAGAUUCCCUGCUAAAGAGACGACUGUAUCUAAACACAAGAAAGCUGGAAGAUCUACAGUGGCAAAAGGAGGAGGCGCAAAAAGACUUCGAGUUCCUUUCUAACGAGUUAACCACAACAGAACAGAACGUCUUAGAGACCAUGGAAAAAGUACGUCUGAUGGAAGCUAGGCUCGCAGACCGUAGGCUGAGACCACCCAAGGAACUGACGAAGGAUUCUGUAGACAGAAAGUUAAAAGACGAACUUCAGAGGCUGAAGAAAUAUUUGAAGUUUCUCAGGAAUAACAUUGACAGGAUCACAUCGUUACAAGGGGAUCUAACAGCAUCUAUAGCGCAAAUAAACUGCAUCGAAGAGGAAUUAUCCCAAGUGGUGCAGCUCGACCAAAAUCGAAUCAGGCUUCGAACGUCUGACGACGAAACACCGACUUCUAGCAGUCCUAGGAGAGCCGGGUCUAGUAGUGCGGUGGAUACUAAUACAAACAAUUCUCGCUCUAAUGACGCUAUAAAUAUGGGCUUUAAAAAUAUUCCAUUGACGGUGAUAAAGGAAGAAGAUGAGUUAGAAGAGGAUGAUGAUUAUCCGUUGGAUUAUUAAAUAGUAUUAAGACUCUUAAGCGGGUUGCACAUAAUCAAUGAACUGAUGAACGAAUGUUGACAGCGGAUUAGUGCAACCCUCGCGGCUCGGGCACGACAUUGUGCGACCGGCGGCGAAGGCAACCAUAGGUAGGAAUGAGACACAGCGAUCGGACCUUUCGUACCCA